AUGCACAAUGCGUCCUCCCUGGGGUUCACCAACAACAGGUCCUGCGGGUCCCUGCCUCUGGGAUGCUCCAACGCAUCCUUGCGCUGGGAUGCGCCCCCUCCUCCUCCUCCGCUACCUCCAUCCUUGGCCGUGGCGGUGCCCGUAGUCUACGGGGUCAUCUGCUUGGUGGGCUUGGUGGGCAACUCAGCAGUGCUCUACGUGCUCCUAAGAGCCCCACGCAUGAGGACAGUCACCAACCUCUUCAUCCUCAACCUGGCCAUCGCAGAUGCGCUCUUCACCCUUGUGCUGCCCAUCAACAUCGCAGACUCCUUGCUGCACCGCUGGCCCUUUGGGCAGCUCCUGUGCAAGCUCAUCGUGGCCAUCGACCAGUACAACACCUUCUCGAGCCUCUACUUCCUCACCGUCAUGAGCGCGGACCGUUAUCUGGUGGUCCUGGCCACCACUGAGUCACGCCAAGUGGCCGGGCGCACCUAUGGCGCAGCUCGCGUGGUCAGCCUGGGAGUCUGGGCACUGGUGACACUCAUGGUUCUGCCCUUCGUGGUGUUUGCCCAGCUGGACGAGGAGCAGGGCCGGCCACAGUGUGUGCUGGUUUUCCCCCAGCCCGAAGUCCUGUGGUGGAAGGUGAGUCGCCUCUACACCCUGGUACUUGGCUUUGUCAUCCCGGUGACCACCAUCUGCGUACUCUACACCACCCUGCUCUGCAGGCUGCGCUCCAUCAGGCUGGACAAUCAUGCCAAGGCGCUGGGCCGUGCCAAGAAGAGGGUGACCGUCCUGGUGGUGGCCAUCGUGGCUGUGUGCCUCCUUUGCUGGACGCCCUAUCACCUGAGCACGGUCGUGGCACUCACCACCGACCUCCCGCAAACCCCACUCGUCAUUGCCAUCUCCUACUUCAUCACCAGCUUGAGUUAUGCCAACAGCUGCUUCAACCCCUUCCUCUACGCCUUCUUGGAUGACAGUUUUCGCAAGAGCUUCCGACAGUUGCUGGCAUGCCGACCCCCCAAUGCCUGA